CCGCGCUACGCGGCCUGGCCCGCGCCUUCGAGCUGCUGGAACUCGCCGCGGUGCACCUGUACCUGCUGCCCUGGAGGAAGGAGUUCACCACCAUCAAGACAUUCUCCGGGGGCUACGUGCACGUGCUGAAGGGUGUGCUCUCAGACGACCUCCUCCUGAAGAGCUUCCAGAAGAUGGGCUACGUGCGCAGGGACAGCCACCGGCUCAUGGUGACCGCCCUGCCCCCCGCCUGCCAGCUGGUGCAGGUGGCCCUGGGCUGCUUCGCUCUCCGGCUGGAGUGUGAGAUCCUGGGCGAGGUGCUGGCCCAGCUGGGCACCAGUGUACUACCAGCUGAGGAGCUGCUGCAGGCACGGCGUGCCAGCGGGGACGUGGCCUCCUGUGUGGCCUGGCUGCAACAGCGGCUGGCCCAGGAUGAGGAGCCUCCACCCCUGCCCCCCCGGGGCUCCCCUGCUGCUUACAGGGCCCCACUGGACUUAUAUCGGGACCUGCAGGAGGACGAGGGGUCGGAGGACGCCAGCCUGUAUGGGGAGCCGUCACCAGGCCCUGACUCGCCCUCGGCAGAGGUGGCCUACAGGCCGCCACUGUGGGAGCAGAGUGCCAAACUGUGGGGCACUGGGGGUCGGGCCUGGGAGCCCCCAGCUGAGGAGCUGCCGCAGGCCGGCAGCCCACCCUAUGGGGCCUUGGAGGAGGGGCUAGAACCAGAACCCUCCGCCUUCUCCUUCGUCUCUCUGCGCCGUGAGCUGAGCAGGCCUGGGGACCUGGCCACCCCUGAAAGCUCUGCAGGGGCCAGCCCGAGGCGUAUUCGGGCAGAGGGGGUACCAGCCUCAGCCUAUAGGUCUGUCUCUGAGCCCCCAGGCUACCAGGCACACAGUUGCCUGUCCCCUGGUGCCCUGCCCACCCUCUGCUGUGACACCUGUCGCCAGCUGCACGCUGCCCACUGUGCAGCCCUGCCCACCUGCCGCCCGGGCCACUCGCUGCGUGUGCUGCUUGGCGACGCCCAGCGGCGCUUGUGGCUGCAGCGUGCACAGAUGGACACUCUGCUCUACAGUAGUCCCGGGGCCCGGCCCUAGGCCAGCGGGGCCCCAGGUCAAGGGCUCUUGGGAGACAGCUCCCGUGGUGCUUUUCUCUUUGCUGGCGAGGGGUCUGGGCCUCUGGUCGCCUUGUCCCUGGGGGAGUUCUGGGCACAGCAGGGGGUUGAAGAGUCCAGGCCAACCCCUGCUGGAGGUGGGACUCUGUCCAUGGAAAGCUCCAAGGGCAGCAGGCCUAAGCUGGCCAGCAGGAGCCUUUCCACAUUUCCCUGCCCUCGGAACCCAGAUGCCCACAGGUGCUGGGCAGAGGGGUCCAGCCUGUUCCAGCCAGUGCCUGAACCUGUCUCUGAGAAGGACCCUGUGCCCCAAGGCCUGCGGCUCCGGGCCCGCUCCCUGCAGUAUGGGGCUCAGGACUUGGUCCUCCACGUGUCCCAGGGAUUCUCCACACGGGUGUCCUCAAGGGCCUGUUGGUGACACUGAGGUCCCCCCGCCAAGCUCUGCUGGGGCCGAUCUGGGGGGAUCUGCUGGGUGCAUGGCUGACCUGGCUUCGGGGACCCCAGCCCUCCCCUUGGGUGGCUCAGCAGCUGGGCCCACAGACAGGAAAGGACCUGACCUCAAACCAGAUGUGGAGGUGCCCGAGAGCCGCAGGCACAGGCAGCAGUAGACGGCUGGGAAGGCCUGAGCGUCCCUGCUGCUGGGUGGAGGGGCUGUAGGCAGGACACCCAGGCGGCUGGGUCUUGGUCAGUCCAGUGGUAACGAUGUCCCUCCCCUCCCCUUGGGUGCAGCCCACAGGCUGGAGAGAAGAUGGCUCUGCCCUAACCUCGGGUCUGGCGAGGGAGGGGGCAGGGUGCAUCCACUG